CAGACCACUGCCUCACCACUGUGAGUACUCUUGAGUACUUCUAAAGGCACUGAUAAUGUCUUCUUUUAAGCCCUAUUCUUCACUAACUGACGCUCCCACCAACCUGAAGGAGGCCAUUGACUGGGUCCUGAGGGUAACUGGUAAGGAUGGUAAGGCACUGAACAAGGAAACAGAAUGCAUAUGUGGCCUGGCCGCGGCAGUGACUGACCUCCUGCAGUCAGUACAACUGGAGUACAAUGGUUAUGAGGGUGAUGUUAAGAAUGGCGCUGACGCCAAUAAAGGCCCCCCAAAAGAGCGAGUCACAGAGUGCCUUAAUGGACUAUUCUCUCUAGUCCAAGGACUGGGUGGUGCCGCUGUGGUACGGACCUACAUAGACCAGCUGGCACAGGUACUCAGUGCACUCGUUGGGUGGAGUAAGAUAGUGACGUGUGGUAAUAGUGAGUGCAAUGGUGGUGGCGGUGGGAAUCAACAUGGCAAAGAUGGCUCGUGCAAGUAUCUGAAGGAUGUGGAGGAAAAUAAGCCGUGUGAAACAUGUGGGUGUAUGAAAUGGGAUGUGGCCGAUCCGAACUCCCAAGGAACACCACUGGGAAGGAAGUGUCAGAGGUGUAGUGAUAGUGGUGGUAGUAGUGCUCAUAGGUGUGAUUGUAGUACUGGUGACAGCUGUAGUGCUGGGAAAGAGUGUAAAUGCGCUGAAGCAGGCAAAUGCUGCAAGUGUUGUUGUAAGGAGAAGUGUGGGAACUGUAAGAAGGAGUGUAGCUGUGUCGUAAAUGACAAGAAUGACGACACGAAAAAGCUUGAACGCCACAUACACAAGGACUCGUAUCAGUCGGCAUAUGGAGGUUUAUUGAGCUUCGAGUCAUACGUAGGUGGAACGAACCAGGCAUACCGACAACCUAUAUGGAAUGACCUCAGUGGUAUACUACCUGGUGAUAAAAAUAUCAUAGGCCUGCUUGAUGGCACAGCCAGUAAUCGCCGUCACCACUGUGCUCGUAUCCUCCUGGGCUCAGUAUGUCUCAUCUGGAGCGGACUUACCUAUAUGUAUUGGACAGGCAAGUACCAUAAAAGUAGCCCCCGGUGGAACAACCACAUCCUAGAUGGUAGUGGCCUAGAUGACGGUACCCUAUCCCAAUGGCUACAGGCCCUAGGGUUCCCAAGGGGUAUGAUUAAUAAUAGUGGUCCUAGAAAUAGGUGGGAUGCUAUUAUAUGGGAUGGGCAUAGGGAUAAGUUAUAUUUGGGAUUCCCGGAUACUGGUAAUAAUAGUAAUGCCCAUGGCCAUGACAACAAUGCUAAUACAUUCAGAAAUCCGGCUGGUAUGAACUAUGCAGGAUACAUACAUACUUUAGAGAAGGGUGCAUUUUGCAGCAACGGUAAUGUCUUCCCUAAGAAUGCUGACGACUCUAGUACUAGUGACACUAACAUCCACAAAUGUGGUGCCCUCAUCAAGCUCUAUAUUCUAUCAUGUGCCUACUUUACUGGAUUGCAGAAAAAGCGUAGUACCCAGAGCAAUACUCCUACGACUCCCAAGACCAUCCGUGAGAUCCUAUACUGGCUCAGUGCAUUGCCCUAUAGUCCGGCAUACCCAUUGAUACUGGAGCACGGCAAGAAUAGGCUAACAGAGGUAACCAAGAAAACCGGAGACACUGCAUCCACGACCGAGCAGUCCGAACUGAAAUUCCACCAAACAGGCCGUAAUCAUCCCAUAACCGUCCAUGAAUUUAACCUGUUUGCUCACUUCCAAGCGGUGACACAGUAUUGCCCACUGGUCCUCAUUGGUAUCCAGGGUGGAAUUCAUAGUGCCACUAAAGGCACCGACACCACUAAAGAACCUGCCAUUCACUCCCUGUACUCCAACUCUCACUUCUCCUUCACCUACCCAUCAGUUGAUAUCCAAGCAUACAACCAGGUGGUACACUACAUUAGGGGUCUGUUCUACCAGUUGUAUUUCCUUAGGAAGCAAUGUGCAGUGAAAGUUGCUCUAGGAGGGAAGUGGAGGGAGUGUAGGUAUGGUAAUGGGGUGCUUGGGAAAAACGUUGUUAGCUGGAUGUGCCUGGGGUGUGACCCCAUGGAGCAUGAUAGAAAGGGGAGGGUAGAGAAGGUAAAUGGGGAGAUACUGAAGGGGGUGAAGACUGGGGGUGAUCCGCUUGCGGGGGCACUAAAAACAUUAUUGGAGAAGAUUGGUGAAGUAGUGGUCCAACUGGGUAAUGCCCAAGAGGCAUUGGAAGGGAAGAAGCCAGAGGCUAUACUGGGGGUGAAGGCGGCACUAGAGAAGGCUAAGCAGAAACUGGAGGAGGCUAAGGGGAAACUAGGGGAGGCUAAGACGAAACUAGGGGAGCUGACGAAUGGUGGUGGUGGUGGAAUACUGAAGAAUGUAGAGGAUAAACUGGGGGAGCUGACGAAGGGUGAUAGUGGAGCACUACAUACACUAGCGAAUGGUGGUAAUACUGCUGGGUCAUUACAGCAGGUAUCAAGUAGUGAACAUGAGUGGGAGAAGGAUUACAGUAGUGCCAAGGAUAAGAUAAGUGAGGUUAUCCAUAAGAUACAGGAAGUAUUGAAUCUAUUGAAGGAGUGGGCCGAAAAGAAACAAGACGAUGAUGUGUUGAACGUAAAUAAAGGUGCACUGCUAGAUGACAUCAAAAAGCUCCAAGACAUCUGCAACUGUCCCAAAUGCCCACCGUGCCAUGAACACGCCAACAAGUGUGGCCGACAGCCACAGUCCAAGUACUGUGACAAGUGCCACCAACAGUACAUGGACGGCUUCCCCUCUCCCCUCCAGGCAUUCCUCGAGGACAGGUUACCAGGGUUUAGUUGUGAUGUAGUACGAAACAAUGACAGCGAACAGCCAUACCCUCCUGCUGCAUCCCACUUAGGACACUGUAAUGGUUCCGGCCAAUGCUGCCCAUUGCCCAUGGGAUUUAGAGGUCAAUUCUAUAGUGGCAGCACCAGUGAUAUGACUGGCUCAAGACUCUACGGGAUCCUCUACUUCUUUAGUAACGAGAACAUGAUGCAGUCAUGUGUCUAUACACUAGUGAGAGUUACAGCAGCUCUCAGUGCCACUACACCACAGGUACUGGGUGAUGUAUUCGGGUUCUUUAGGGGUGGUAUUGGAGAGAAGGAAAGGGGAAAGAACAAGCAGGGAACAGGUGGGAUAGCGUGUAAGCACGAAGGCGAUCCUUCUACUGACACGGAUAAGAGUAAGUACUUUUGCGGCUGGUGUGCCUCUGGGUUAAGGGAUGUGGUAAAGAAGAUAGAGUGGAUACCUAAUGGGAACGGAACGGAUGGAGGGUCAUACAGAGGGACUCUCGGUAAAGCACUAAUAGAGAUUAAGGGCGAGAAGGGUAGUAGUGGUGGUAAACAGCCAGCAUCACAGCCCAAUACUACUGCCCUCUCAAGACUCACUAAGAACUGCCAGUACCUCUCCCCCCUAACCGGUGAACUCUAUACAGCAGUGAGUGCCACUUUCGGUCACGUCUACCUCUCAUGGGUACUGUACCUAUCAGAUGCGCUGCAUUCAGGACUAGAGUCACUGUCUGACGCAUUCAAGCAGAUUGAAUGCCGGGGCUGUAGAGGCUGUGACCCCAAUAAGUGCAAGAAGGGAAGUCACGGUGUGACGGGUGGUGGCCUGUGUGGAUGCCAAUCAAUCGUAUCAUGUACCGGGGUACUGCCAGUGCUGUAUAGGCAUGGAUUCAGCUACGGUAACCCAUUCAAUCUGGAGGGGUUCCAACAGGGGGAUGGGAAGACGGAUGGGCAGUAUGACAUCACGAAGGCAGGCAGUACUAAGAAGUGUCACGAGUUCCUGGAGAGCCUGAACAAAGUACUAGAGGACAAGCAGGCUGCCUCUAAUGCCCACCCCCUAAGCAACCUCCUUACCCAGGUCGGCAAACUCCAAUACGACAUACGGCUCCCGUGGAUCUUUGUUCUCACAGUAGCGUGGCUAGUAGCAGUACUCUACCUAGCCUUUGGUGCCAUAUGGCCACUGGACUGGGCGCAUAUGAGGUCACAUUGGUUACGAGGUGGUGAACACCAGUGGCAGUGUAUGUGGUAUAAGGUGAUGACGGGACGCAAAGGAAUGGAACUGGUGGAGUAUUUUGGUAAGACAUAGUGGCGCCUUCGGCGCAACGGUGCUGUAAUGUGGUAGUUAGUAUCGGGGGUAGUAAUGUGGAGCAGUCUAGUGGUAGAGUUAGAGGACCAAUGAUAC